GGGUGGCACGUGGCGGGCAGUGGUCAGUGCGCGCCCCGCGGCCGGCCGGUCGAUCCGUGGCCAUGCAGUAAACACUACACGCUACAUCGCACUGUACCCGGCAACAUGACUGAUGACAUACCAGAGACGGGUGCAGUGUUCACAUUCGGCAAGUCGCACUUCGCCGACAACGAGCCCAGCCACUUCUUUAUCAAGAAUGAUCCCGUGGUCGCCAUAUCGUGUGGCGACGAACACAGUGCUGUUAUAUGCCAUAAUGGACGAGUGUUCGUAUUCGGCGGCAAUGCGUGGGGCCAGCUCGGCCUGGGACAUAAAGACGAGGUGACGAGACCCAGCUGCGUGAAGUGGCUCAAGCCGCACAGAGCUAUGUUCGUCGCAUGCGGACGAGCGCACACCGUAUUCGUCACUGAUUCGAAUGCGAUAUACUCAGUAGGCUGCAAUGAUGAAGGGCAACUAGGUACUGGCGAUAUGGAGCAUCACACAGUACCUCAGUUCGUGGAGCUCGAAGGGGAUCCUAAACCGAUACGUCAGGUGUCAGCAGGGAGCAAUCACACUGCUAUUCUCACUGACGAGGGUCGCGUAUUCAUGUGCGGCUCCAACUCCGAGGGGCAGCUCGGGCUCGGUGAAGACACGAGGUCAAGUGUCAAAUUCACCGAACUAAAAUUCAUGGAGAAGAUCGCUUUUGUGGAGUGUGGAUAUUACCACACGGUCUUCAUUACUGAACAAGGCGCGGUGUUUGUGACUGGCGACAAUGAAAAUAUGAAACUGGGUGUACCAAAUGCUGCUACAACCAUCUACGUUCCCGAAGUAUUACCAAUAAAUAUACCAAUAAAAAGCGCAUGCUGUGGAGCGUCCCAUACGUUCCUCUUGUCUAUGGACGAGUCUAAAAUCUUAGCGUUCGGCUCGAACGAGAGGGGGCAGCUGGGGAUGCCCAAGGAUGUUGUAAAUGUAUCCGAACCCACUGAAAUCGAUAUGGAAACGAUGUUCGAAGGAUAUCAACUGAAACUUGUUGCUUGUGGAGCGAUGCACACGGCUUUUGUUACAGAUAACGGAUUACUCUACACCUGUGGUGAAUCGAGGCAUAAUAAACUGUGUUUGGAGGAAAUCGACGGCACCGACAAUUCAAAUGAGGCUACCCCUAAUCAAUACUCGCCGAAGCGGGUCACAGCUAUGAAUGGAUUCGUUGUAGACAAUGUCGCCUGCGGUGGGUGCCACACUCUUCUAACGGCUACUAAAGGCUCCAACGCUGACUUUACCAAUAACGAUUUUAACAUAAUCAACGAGGAAACUAGACAGAUAUCCUUAACUGAACUGCCACCGUUGCAAAAAGUACCAGUAAUGAACAAACCUGAAGAUACGCAAAUAACUGGAGACGUCACCGAUUCAAACAUCAAUGAGCAUGUCAAUCCGGACAACGUUAAUGGAAAUACACAUGAAGAAACGGGGUCGAUAGAUUCAUUAGAAGCUAAUGUGAGUGGAUCUCAUAUAGUAAACAUAAAUGAUUUAGAAAUUGACAAUGCAAGCACUCACGAAGUCCCAGACAUAAAAACAGAUGAAAUUGAAUCGUCUGUGAUGGAAGAAAGCAAAUCUAUGGAUAUAAUCGAAACUAUGGAUACAAUGGUCGAAAGAACUGAAGAAAAAAUUGAAGAGUCUGUUAAAGAUAUAUCACAUAAGGUAGAUGAAAAAGUAGAAGUAGUGGAAAAUGUUGUAAAAAAAGUAGCUGCCGUUAUACCCGAUAUCCAUCACGUUGAAAAAAAAGUACUUGAAAUUCCAGAUAAAGUAGCUGAAAUAGCUAAUUCUCCUCCCCCGAAAACGCCGAUACUACAAGAUUUACUUCAUGUGCCGGAUAUAUCUCAAAUGAGUCCUGUUUUAAGUAAACACAGCGACGAUGGCCAAAAAAGUGAGGGUGGAGAAUCGGAGAAUGAAACUAUACCUUGUGGCUCUGACAAAUCUAGCCCUCAAGCUGGUAAAACAGCAAAAACUCAAGCUGUGAUGCCUAUUGUAAGAAGUGAAGAUGCAAUUGAUGAUAACGAUGAAUCCGGGAAUAAUGAAGAAAACGAUGUGGUAGUUAAGAAAGGUCGCUUCGCACGAAUAUUUCAAUCUAUAAGAGAUAAAGAAAACUCUUGCAUGAGUAAAGGAAAGGUUAUCGAAGAAAAUGUUGUAGAGAACGUUCACAAAGGAAUCGAAGGCACUGAACAAACAAUCCAUAAGCUUGAAGAAACUGUAGAGACAGAAAUAAGAAAUCAGACGAAUUCACGAACCUGCACCUUAUUAUAAUUAUUAUAAAAAUUUUCGUCUUCAUAUUAUUAUAAUAUUUUAAUGUUUAAUUUUAUCAAUAAAGUUUAUAUUAUUGAUACAUAA